AUGCCUCACCACGCUCAUCAUCCUCCAGCAGCUGAAGCAUCGCUUGAAGAAGCUAAGGCCUGGCUCGAAAGUAUAGACACCAACAAGGAUGGUGUGAUAUCCAAGCAAGAACUGGUGGCUGCUCUCCAAAAACUUAACGUGUGGUUUCCCGGUUUUAGGAGCUGGCUGGCCAUCAAAAAUGCUGAUUUUGAUGGCAAUGAUAUGCUUGACUUAUGCGGGGCUGAGAUUGGGACUCCCAGCAAUCUGGAUGCCCCAAAUUCAGAUGGCCAGAGUUUUAAAGAGGCAUAUUCUGGAAGUUAUUGGUAUCCAUUGAAACGUUUGAAGUGCAGCAUGCUGGGUAACCGAGCUCAAGCUCCUCCACCUGAAGCAACAAUCGAAGAAGUGAAGGCCUGGGUCAAAAGAAUAGACACCAACAACGACGGUAUCAUAAGCAAACAGGAAUUGGCGGCAGCCAUCCGCGGCCUCCACCUUUGGUUUGCAAGAUGGAGGGCCCGGUGCGCUGUGAAGGAAGCCGACAUCAAUCGCAAUGGUUUAAUCGAUACGCCUGACGAGUUUCUGGAACUUGAGAGCUUUGUAAAGAGUCACUGGGGCCAUCUCAUCGGUGCGACUCACGACUAG